UUCUCAGCACAAAUAGCAAGUGCAAUCGGGACAUGAAAAACUUGAAAAUCUCCUAAAAUACAUACGUUGGAAUAGAUUUGGUGUUAGAUUUCAAUGGACAUGAAUAAUACCAAUGCUGUUUAAGUGAACAAAAUAAUUUCACAAUUGUGCGGUGGCUCAGAAUGAUAUCUGAGAAUUCGUAUGGGCAGGUGAUGAAGUCGAUUGAUGAAUUGAGCGAUUUUUGCCAACUUUUUAAACUGUCGACAUCAAGUUAUGUGUUCAUAUUUGAAUAACCAGAUUUCGUGAUUUUGUUUCAUUUGUGAUGUGCAGUGAUAUUAAUAAGGUGUGUGUUCAUCCUUUCGCAAAGGGAAAAUUCAGUGAAAUUGCAUGCAAUUUUUUUUUCUUAUAACCGGUAGAUCUAAGAUAGUCGUAUCGGGAGCAUCAGAUUGCAUAAUCUAAUCGGUCUAAAAAUCGGUAGCCCGAUAAUAUCACACCGUCCGGAGCACGGUAUCGCAAAAACAAGCGCGCCAUACAACAUUUCCACGUUAAACCUUAUCACGUGAAGAUCUCCGUAUGAACAAUCUUUGUUCGCUACACUAAUUGGUGCAAGUUUUAAGCGCUAAUUGUGCUGUAUCCACAAAGAAUCUCCAAUCAGUAUUAAGCGGGGCCCCAUUAAUUGCCCAAGCGAGUUCUGAGGGACGCCGAGGCUGUAUCACCGAUGAUCAUCUAAUCGCUCUCACCAUCCUCCGUUCACCCGUUCACUACUCAGCGCGCACGGCGAGCAGCCGCGGAUUCAUCAUCAUCGCGCGCGUUUGUGUGUAUGUGUGUCUGUUUAUUUAUCCACUUCGAGCACUUUAGUGCCGCUAUCCUGUCUUGCGCCGCGCUACCGCGGCAUUGGUGUGAGUGCGAGCACGGAGCGCGCAAAUUUAUAUAUACGCGAAGUAACACGCCGCGAGCCAACAGUCCGGUGCCGGCCGCGAAUGAAUCAAGGCGCAGAGUAAAUUGUUAUCUAUUCUAUAUGCUACAACGAGCCUCCGGUGUGUAAUACAAGUUGUGGAGAAAGGCAACAACAGAAAAAAAGCCCCAGAAGUAGUGGAAGCAUUUUCAUUUGUUUAUACUCAUCCUUAUAGUCUGCAAGACUGAAGCCUCCUGCCUAAUAAUAGAUUGCGAUACGAGAAGUUGUGCAAUUUUUUUUUCUACAUAGAAAUUUACAUAGCGAUACAAAUAUAGUGUAUAGUGGCCAGUGGGGUAUAGCCCAUGUGAAUAAUUGAUAGUUACUGCUGAGUGCAAUUCGUAACAGUGUAGAGGAACACAUAGGCUUAGUUCAAAAUGAAGGAUAUCACCGCCACCAGGAGCCUAAUCUAUAAGGAUACGCUCUAUAAGGACGUCGUUGUUAUUGGUAAUGGACCGAGCGGAAUAUCGUUAUCGUAUAUGCUGGCAGGUAAUUGGCCAUAUUGGUCAUUGGAGAAGAUCCAGAAACAUCCAGACGAGCUGCUGCGAGCUCGUCUCAACUACUAUGACGCGGACAAAAGUUUGGUGGAACAUGAUCUGUUCAGUCUAGCCGAUGGGCUCGAGGGACGCAGUACCAAUCCGGUAUCACUAUUGGUAGGCUCUUCUAUUGGUAGUACACAUUUGAUAAAAUGCUUCAUUAUUCUUUCGAUUUUUCAGCUGGACAGCUUGCAGCAUCCGUGUGCUGAUCUUGGUAUGGAGUUGCCCUGCAUGGUGGACUACAAAUACCAUCCUGUGAAGGAAAUCGAUCACCUCGUACUGGGUCGAGGACCUCCCGGUGGAUCGUGGCAUCGUAUGGAUCCGAGCCUACGCACACUAUCUCUUGCGGCGUGGAUGUCUCUGCCAGGGCUACCCUUCGCCGAUUGGGAAAAGUCUCAUCCACCAACGAUUGAACCAGCCGAGCUGAUCAUCGAUGGAUCAAUACAAAGCAAUAUUCAAUACCAGCCACCGGUAGAUGGUGUUAAAAUCCUCAAACAGAACCAGUUCAAUGGUGCUAGCAAUAAUCGAAGUAGGAAGAUUCUUAUCGAUAGCAGUAAUGUAAAUUCUAGUCGUGAUAUAACCGAACCGUGCGCCAAAUGUGGCGAACUAUAUCGACAGCAGUCGCAGCAGCAUCAAAAAGUGUCCUUAAUGUGCAGUAGGUGUCACUUCCGAAACACACUGACAGAAAAUCAAAACAACAUCCGCCAGCAGCAGAGCAGUGUUGUGUACGAUGAGCGCAACGGCAGGAUCAACGUAAAGCUUUACCCCCCCAGAAGGAUCCUAUCGCUGAAAAGACAGCUCUCGAAGGAGGUUGAAACGAGAGCACUGAUUUCGCGUGUCGCAAAGUACUACGAGAGCUACGUGCAAGAGAUGAAUCUUGCCAAAUAUUUUAUGAAUGACGUUAUCGUGACCACUGUGGUGCCACUGGAUGUGUCUAGCGUAGGUGGAAGUGUGCCCGAAAAGCUGCGAAGUGGACGGUGGAUUGUGUCAGGAUUCAAUCGCAUCACGAACAAGCAAUUCACGGUGGUGUGUCGGAACUUGGUGAUGGCGAACGGUGCCUCUGACCUGGCCAACCGGCUCGGCGUCAAGGGCGAGGGUCUCGAGAUGCCCUGGGUGAAAUACGAACUGCCACACCUGGAACGUGCGCUGGAGAAGUACGAUGACGAGACGCGAUCACAGCUGAAACCAGUACUUAUUGUGGGCGCGGGACUAAGCGCCGCUGACGCCGUUACAAUAUGCCGAUCGUCGGGAAUCCCCGUUAUCCACGUGUACCGCAACCGAACGGCUGGGCUGGACAAAAUAUUGCCGGGAAACGUUUAUCCCGAGUAUCACGAGGUGCAUCGAAUGAUGAAAGAUUCGAGCCGAAAGUACGAUCUGUACACCGCAUUGCCGGAACACACAAUUGCAGACCUCUCGCAGUCUGCCUACCAUGGAUCGAGUGACUCUCAUCGAGUUAUUGUGCAGCAUCUGAAAAGCGGCGAGCGACGUGAGAUUGAAGUGUCAUUUUGUGCUAUUCUGAUCGGAUCCCGACCGGAUCUUCGAUUCGCGGCUGGUCUAACCAAGGAUUCCGCACAGCAUCAUAACGUUCAAGUUCCAUUUGCUAAGGAGCAAAUGACAAUGACCGAGUCACGUGUUGAUGAAAAUCAACCUGUUCAGCCUUCUACUUUCUGGUCGUUUACCGAACAACUGUUGGCAUCACGUUUUGGACGCAAAUUUUUCUGGUUAAAAAAUAUUUGCGCCAAAUGUCGCCACUUGAAUGUGUGCGAACGGAGUCGCUAUAAGCACUAUCAACAGCCGGGAACCGGCGGAGCGAUCGACUCAAGGCGGAAUGCAAACUGCAACCAUCAUCAUAGCAUACUCGGUAAAAAGUGUGAGUGUACCCUACCAACGGCUGCGAUCGUUGGUGACCAUGCGAAUGGCGCGGGUUUAGGUUUAGGGGAAGAUCCAACCAAACCAAUUGAUUGUAAAAGCAAUCCAAUCGACGUAGAUAAGUAUACUAAUGCGGUGCAACGAUCCCCUCACAGAGGAUUGUAUGCAAUGGGACCACUGGUGGGCGAUAAUUUCGUUCGAUUUAUUCCGGGAGGAGCCCUCACCAUAACUUCGGCGCUGCACAAGCUCACUGAAAAUGAUUGAUGUAGUGCAGAGGAAGCUGUGCGAAUUUUCUUUGUUUGAAACACGCAACUUUGGGACGUACAAAGAUCGUGUGUAAUUGGAGUGAUAUCCAAUCAUUUUUGUAUACAGAAAGGUAAAUGAGCCUUAGCAAUUUUGUUGAGAGUACUUUUUCUCAUGUCUAGACGCGCAUAGAAGGUGGAAGACGAAAAUGUUGUGUUAUGUGACGUUACACAGAGCUGUUUAUUUGGUUCACACAGUGGUGGCGCACUAGUCGUCGUGCAUCAUUCGAGACACCAUCAGUAGUAGCGUUACGCAUCGAUAACGCCAGCGUAUCGACCUGUUUCUCAAGAAUAUUUUAUUCAUAUGUAUUUAUAACAUUGAAAUAUUUAUUUAUUCGUACAUAUUUAAGUUGUAUUAAAGUUAUCACACUAAUUUACCCCCACACAUUGAUGUUGCUUUCAUACACUUGCAUGCGUUGAAUCCAUUAAUUCGAUUGGUGCUCUGUGAACGUUAUCCUAUUUUUUAGUUUUACUUGCGCGUAAACAUUCCCAUCUCUAACAGUUGUUUCAAUGCUCCAAAUGCGAUUCAAGUUUAUUGAAAAAAAAAGAUCCACAGAACCAUCGUGGCAUCGUGGCAUCGUGGCUCACGAAUACAUAGCCCUCUGCUAUUUCUGAUGAGCCCAAAGUUUGGAAGCAUCGAACCCCGCCGCCAUUGCCAUAGCCUAUUUUAUACUUUACAAGAAGUAGAAUAGCGAAGUAUUAUUUACUUCUAAAUCCAUCCAUUGAUGCCUUAUUGCAGCUGCUGGCUUUGUGCCGGAGUCAUACUAGAGGCCAUCAUAACCAUUCCCUCGCCCCGAGCCAAACCAAGCCAAUAACAACGUCACAUUCUGCACCCACAAAAAAAAACUGAUGAUCGUUGUUAUGGACGAUAUUGUUGAAUGGCUUUAAACCCCUUUUUCAAGUACUGAUCGGGAACACAGAUUCGCUGCGUUGCAGCGAGUCUUGUUGGAAUAUUAUUAAUGCAAAUGUUGUUAAAAAUAUUAAACCCGAAUAGAGACUGAUACGUAUAUUGAGAUAGUUAGGUCUAAGACAGAACGAUAUGAGAAAAAGAAAAGUGACCACAAUGGGACAUGAGUAUCAAAAUUCUUAAAAUUUUCUCUAACUGUGAAUUUUUCGUAUCACCAAACUUGUCGAUUAACAAAGAACAAAAGUUUGCAGGCUCGGGUGAAGCAAACUUUUGAGCUCACCACGUAUACAUUUCAAACGUGUCAUGUAAAUAUAGUUUUUAGUGAUAGGCAUUUUUUUCUGUAAACUGGAAUUGUAGAUGUUAUUUCGGAAGCAGCUCUUGGGAAUUGAAUAAAUUAUCCAAAGAAAUCGAUGAAAAAGAGCAUUAGAAGGUAGCACAAAGCGACUUUUCGCAUUUGUUGAUGUCGGUUAAUUGAUAAAAUUUUGCAAGAAAAUAAUGUCGAGGUAACAAACAGUAGAACAGGGUAGACUUCAAGUCGAUUGUAACAGGUUCAAUUUGUCGUUUUGCAAUAGAAGAAAAAACUUUUUUGUAUUCUACUGUUCAAUAGUAUUUUCCACAAUAUGUAAAUUUAAUCGUAUGAGGUUAACUUUUGAUACAGGAUUUGCAGUUGUUAUGUUUUGUUCUGAAAUAUAUUAAGAUCAACUGUUGA